AUGGCGGAGUCAAUCAUUUCACGCGGCCAGCAGCUUGAAGCAGCAGUAGAUCGCCUACCAGGCUGGUACUUUGCAGUGCUAAACCCUUCACCGAUCAAGACCGAUGCCUUAGGUCUUAAUGCAAGUAUUUACGCGACACUAAACCCAGUAUGCGAGACAGAGGACAAAGCACAACCCAUGGACGAAGACGACGUACAGGAGCCUCAGGAGCCCCCGUCUAAUACCACUAUGAGCUGCAUAGACGACGAGCUUGAGUUUGAAAAGCUUGAAAUAGCCAGUCAAGAGUCCGAUCUGACGGAUAAACAGGAGCAGAUCCAUCAACAUGAACUAAGGCAGUCCACGACGUCAAGUGGACAUUCCACGACUUCGUCGUCAGAAACCUCCACGGACCUCGUGCUCUCGGGUUUUUCGAUGCGCGGGAGGGAAAAGAAGGUCAUGUAUCACAUUGAUGUGGUCGACCAUGAUGCCCCUUUACAGACAUAUACCAUCCGUCGCAGUUACUCGGACUUCAAGGACUUGCACAUGCAACUCAGUGAGAUUUUCGAGAACAGACAGGCCUAUUACCGUAGUAAAGCGGUAUCUAGACUUGCUAGAGGAGUCACACCUGUGUCGGAUGAAGCUAUGACUCAAGAGGAUAAGCUCGAGCGCGCCAUCAUGGCGUUCGCGCUGCCUCCUUUACCUCACGCAGGAUUCCUUACGUUCUGGAAACGACACGACCGAUUGCAUUUGCAAUCACGAUGCGAUCGCUUCCAAGAGCUGCUCCAAGCAGUACAACAAAUGGCAUUUCUGCGAGAAUCCUUUGCGACCCAGAAGUUUCUGAGUGUAGCACCUUGUGCCAUUCGACAACGAGGUUCUUCCUAUGUGUCGCUAUGUGAAUACAGUGUACCUACGCUCGAUCCUGAGGAGGAACAGAGAGAACGGAAGCGACGAGCACAACAGUACCGUCGAAACAGUAGUGCCAGCACCCACUUGACACGCAUGGUGGAGUAUUGA